AUGUCCAAUGAUAAGUUUGAUGAGAAAACAAUGGCGAGACAGAACGGUGUCGUUCAACCACUGCUCACAGAUUUAUACCAAAUCACUAUGGCAUAUGCAUAUUGGAAAUCUGGUAAAGUUAACGAUGUUGCUGUGUUUGAUCUUUUCUUCCGCACAAAUCCAUUUCAAGGAGAGUUCACUAUAUUUGCUGGCCUCGAGGAAUGCUUGAAAUUUUUGCAAAAUUUCCAUUAUUCGGACAGUGAUAUAAAGUAUUUAAGAGAAACAUUACCAACGACAAUUGAGCCAGAAUUUUUUGAUUACUUGAAAGAUUUAACUUGUAAGGAUAUUACUUUGAGCGCAAUCGAAGAAGGUUCUGUUGUAUUCCCAAGAGUUCCAUUAUUAAGAGUUGAAGGACCUUUGAUAAUCGCGCAACUGCUAGAGACAACACUUUUGACGCUAGUCAACUUUGCAAGUUUAAUGGCCACAAAUGCAGCUCGAUACAGAAUGUUUGCGGGGAAAAAUAUAUCGCUUUUAGAGUUUGGUUUGAGGCGAGCUCAGGGGCCUGAUGGUGGACUUUCGGCUUCGAAGUAUUCGUAUAUAGGAGGCUUUGACGGCACAAGCAACGUUUUAGCGGGGAAAAUGUUUAAUAUCCCCGUUAAGGGAACUCACGCGCAUUCGUACGUGACAUCAUUCAGUACACUCGACGACAUACAGCGUGUGACCCUGCAACAUGCGCAAACGCACCAACAGUGUAACCUAUUAGAGAUCGCUAUGGAAUGGCGAAAUCGCCUCUCGCCUCUGCUGGAUGCGUCCACCGAAGAAGCCAGCGAUGGGGAACUAGCUGCGUUGAUAUCCUACGCCCUAGCCUUCCCCACCGGCUUCCUGGCGCUGGUCGAUACGUACGAUGUGAAGAGGUACCGCCUUGACGGCUUGCACAGACAACAUAUCAAUGGGCAUUCCGGCAAUCGCAACUGUGGGACCAAUGGUAGAAUAAACUCACCGACUAUCCGUAGUAGACGUGGAUACACGGUCGAACGCACACUGAGGAGCGGCUUACUGAACUUUUGCGCUGUGGCACUGGCCCUACACGAUUGUGGGUACAGAGCGGUCGGUAUAAGAAUCGACAGUGGGGACUUGGCCUAUCUAUCUGUUCUUGCGAGGGACACGUUCAAGCGAAUUGCGGACACCCACGAUCUGCCAUGGUUCGCCAAACUGACUAUCGUUGCGUCCAAUGAUAUCAAUGAGGAGACAAUAUUGAGCCUUCACGAGCAAGGCCAUGCGAUCGAUUGCUUUGGUAUUGGAACGCAUUUGGUUACAUGUCAACGGCAACCGGCGCUUGGCUGUGUCUACAAAUUGGUGGAAAUAAACGGACAGCCCCGGAUUAAACUGAGUCAAGACGUGGGCAAAGUCACUAUCCCGGGACACAAAGAGGCAUACAGAUUGUUCGGUGCGGAUGGCCACGCCCUUAUAGAUCUGUUACAACGUUCUUCGGAGGCUGCACCGGAGGUCGGUCAGAAGGUUCUCUGCCGUCAUCCAUUUCAAGAGUCCAAGAGGGCGUAUGUUAUACCUAGUAAAGUUGAACAUCUCUAUAAGGUAUAUUGGAAGGACGGCUAUGUCUCUAUCGCGCCGAAGCCGCUGUCCGAAGUGAGAGAAAGGGUUCAGGCUUCGUUGAGGACUCUGCGUCAAGACAUCAAAAGAAAUUUGAAUCCAACGCCGUAUAAAGUCGCAGUUAGCGACGAUCUCUACACCUUCAUUCACGACCUGUGGCUGCAAAACGCUCCCAUAGGCGAGCUAUCCUGA